CAACACAUCGUCAAACACCACCAAUACUGCCGUGCUGCCGUUUGUACAUCAUCGCGUCUCGUGUUUGUUCUUUGUUUGACUUCAUGGGUUCCUGCUCGCAGUCAAGCCUCACAUCCUCGUCCUCUUUAAAUUGAUUUCCUCUCAUGUCUCGCUCCAACUUCUUUCCUCUAGGAGCCCCUUUCAUCUCUCCCAACAUGUCAGGCACCAUUUCUGCGUCGGAAAUGCAGCGUUUGCAGUAUCCGUCCGACAUCCCUGGCAUCGCGGGCAACCCAUACAGUCUCUCCCCCGAGGAACACAUUGAUAUGUGGGAUGCUGACCCUACUAUGCCCACUGUCAAUCCUUCAUGCAUUGUCACAAGCGGUGUCAACAAUGUCCAGUCAUUUUCCAAUUUGGCUGGUACCAAGGUCGCAAACAAUUUCAGUCUCAGCUCGAACAAACCACAGCUUGGACAAAUGUCGACCAACCACCAGGUCCAGAACGGCCAAAUCACUCCCCCAUCUGACCGUUCUCCCGUUGAGACCCACAAACCCGCAGAGCUCCAUUCGAGCAUUGAGCACUCGUCUGGGGUACCUGCAAAGCGCCGUCGAGGAAGUAGCGCUCGAUCCCGAGGUGGCAGUCGAAGCGCAAGUACUCGGGCUUCAACCUCGGUAGAGCCUUCGUCUCCGGGUGACAACAAACAGGAGAGGACGAGGGCGCGCAAUCGGCUUGCAGCCAGCAAAUGCCGCCAGAAGAAAAAGGAACAGAAUACGCAGUUGGAGAGCAGGUUCGAGUAUGAGAGAAUCAGACGUGAAGAACUCACCCGUACUGUGAAUUCGCUGCGGGACGACAUAGUGGCGGCGAAGAACCAGCUUCUUGAACAUUCUGAAUGUGAUCACGAAUCCAUUAAGGCGUACAUACAAAAUAUGGCCAAAAGGAUCACCGUUCAAGACGGCCAACCUGACUACUCAGCCGUCCCUACACAAUAUUACGGAUGCGGCACUGAUACGAAGCAAGAGCCAUGUGCCUUUGAUUUUGGUACUUGUCCGCCAACGGCUUGAAAUAUCGAUUAUUAUCGAGCCUGGUCAUCGUUUUGACAGCCUGUUUCAAAGUGAUGACGAGCGAUAUUGAUUUAUUGGAGUUCGGCCGUUAUGACUUAAGAAAAAAAAGCAGGAUAUGAUAUGGUAGCGUUGGGUCGGCUUCAGUGACAUCUCGGGGGCUACUUAUUUAAUUCGGGUGGAAUAUGUUUCAGCACGCGUGAGCUUUAAUUUAAGGUGC